AUGACACGCAAUGACGCAGAAGACAUGGAGCAGCUACUUUCCAAGGGUUUCCCAGUCGCGCAAAAGUCGCAGACGUGCGGGACCUCGUUUCUGAAGGGAUGCUGCGGAUGCUGCGCUGGACUUGCUGUUUUCUUCCUCGUGAUCAUGCUCCUCCUCUUUAUUGCACUUGGCCCUGCGGGCUUCACGUACUACAUAGCAGUGGUGAGGAUCGCAGUGUACGGCUAUGGCGGAGCUGCAUGCAUGGCAUCUGACGACAACUGUCGAACUGCUCACGGCUUCCCCGGCAUCGACACUGACAGCACGGUGACAUGGUAUGACGAGCAGGUGCGCUUGAUGGAGCAGCUGCCAUCUCGCUUGGAGAGUGGCGAGGCAUAUCGAGGGAACGAGCUGGGGAACGUUCGUAUUAAUGACUACAUUUGGCCAAACAUUGCCUUAGGUAGCAAUGAGAGUGUGCACAGCCGCUUAAGGCCUGUCUAUGACGCACUUUGGGGAUUUGAGGCAAACACUUGGAGCAAGCAUUCUGUCCGAAAGAGUGCCCGUGCCUUUAUAGCACAAGUAAACAGCACCUUCACUGUUCCAAAUGACGUCAGCAAGUGGGUCGAGCUUGAGCUGCACAAGAUCAGCUUGGGCUACGACCUGACAAGUCAGCAGCUGGAGCGCUUUCUCGACUUCCAGGGCAACGCCCCACUGAUGAUAGCAUUGCCCGAAAUUUUUAAUCCGGUGCUCAGCAUUCUGCCCAACGUGCAGGAAUUUAUCUCCACAAGGCGGCAGCUGAUCCAGGAAUAUGCCGACAUCAUGGCCGGUGACAAGCGGGGCCUUUUUGACAAUAUCUCCAGUUCAUUCCGUCCCACCAUGGCGAGUGCACUGCUGGACUCCCUUACGUUUGCAGGCGGUCUCAGCAUCCCUCAUGCACUGACAUCGGUUUUCGCGCUUAUGUACUCUGAUCAGUCCCCGGCUGGCAAGGCCCAAGAUGCCGCAAGUCUAAGCGACGAGGAGGUCGAGCGUUUUGUUUUCGAGGCAGUGCGACUCUUUACGCCAGUGAUCGAAUUCCCUUGGAUGGAUGCAAGCAACCAAAGGCGGAAGCUGAUGAUACAAAUGAAGGCAUUGCGAGACCCGGCUGUUUGGGGUGAGAACGCGAAUGAAUUUCUUUUGAGAGAUUUGGACCAGUAUCUCAACUACUCGGGCAUUGGCUGGGUCGAGCCGGCGAACGGCCCCAGAAGGGAGGGCUACCGGUGGGUCUCUACACCCAGAAGCCGGGGUUGUCCUGGUCAGGACUUGAGCCUGGCCAUGAUUGUUGGCUUCAUCCAGGAGUGGCGCAGCAUGCAGCACGAGUGGCAAGUCGCUGAGCAGCCUAGUGGCGGUAUCUCAUUCACGGGCCCGGCCUACUUCACUCCCCCGGUUUCCAAACCAUUUACGCUGCAGCGGGCGUCGUAG